AUGCUGCCAAGAGAAACCAUUCACAAGGCCAGGGUUCUGCUUCAAAAAACACUCCGAAGCUUCAAGUCUUUAGUCUCUGGAGGGUAUCAAAAACUUCCCAGAUCACUUUCCUUGAAUCCCUUCCUCCGUCGCAGUGGCAAUGCAAGAACUUAUUACUCCAGCGACCAGUUCUACAAUGAGUUCUAUGAUAUUCUGCAGUCUGAUCUCAACAGAAUACGGAUCAGGAACGAUGACAUGAGCAUGAUCCGUUCAAGAGAACCACCACCCGCGCCAGCAUCAGCAUCAGUAGUAGAAGAUGCUGCAAAAGUUGAAGAAGGAACAAGCAAGAAGCAAAGUCCAUUGAAGAAGAACAAAGGGGAGACUAAUACUACUACUACUACUACUACUACUACUCUACCAUUGAAGAAUAAGAAGGUGAAUAGUAAUAAUAACAAUGAUGCUUUGGCAAAGAAGAUGAAGGAAUUGGAGAUGAUGGAUUCGGGUGAUGUUGAACACGUGCUGGACAUAGAAGAAGCUCUCCAUUACUAUUCUCGACUCACGAGUCCUGUUUAUUUGGACAUUGUUGACAAGUUCUUCAUAGACAUGCACAAUGAGUUUAAUGUUCCAGUUCCACAACUUCCACACUCAUCUUCUGUCAGAAUCAAACGCUCAAAAUCCAAGGGAAGAUUUGGCUCCCUAUCUGGCUGUAGAUAG